GGCCAUCCUUUUCUAAGAGGAAGGGGGGGGGGGUAGUUUACCUCCAGACCCCUGGUAUUACGAAUUCACUUUAACAGUUUUAACAUCUGUAAGAUCUAAAUGGUAGUUUUUUGGAAAAGGUCCGCCCAAUGUUUAUAUCCUGGGAGUAUUCAGUGGCGCAUUUCCAAAAAAAUAUCACGAGGAUCUCGGAUACUGAAAACAUUUUGAUCGAAAGAUGCGAAAAUUUUGAAACGUCGGACGGCUAUUCAAUUUCGAACUAGGGUAAUCUAAGAAGUAUCCAUUUCACCGAAGAAACCGAUUCAAUUUUGCAUGAAACCGAAACCACCAGCUGCAGGAAACAUUCUUUUAAGAAAGCUUAAAACAUACCAGAAAAAAUUUUAUUUCAAGAAGGGGAGGUUCAAUCCACUUUAUGCAGAAAAAACCUGCCGCAUGUCGGUAGUUUACCAUUAUUUUUUAAAGCACAAAAUGUACGUUAAAAAUUUGAAAACGGCACAUCCAGUUACGAUUGCGACUAAGGAAAAGGGUUGAUGACAUGUUCAGUUGUGCAACACGAAUACCAACACAGGAAAGAAAUUAACAUACAAUUGGAAAUCGCCAACCUGUUCGGACGGCAGUUUGUAGCACAAAUUAGGGGAUCGCUCGUGCGAGAAAAAGGAUUCCGAAGGCCUCCACUGUUGAAAUAUUAAAUUGAAUGCAAAUAUCGUUCGCUUAGAAUGAGCAUGGUUAAGGAAGUUGAGGGAAAGUCUUCUACCUAUACGUGUAUGAUCGUAUACCUUAUAUAUGCUAAUUGAGCGUAGUUUGUAUAUCUGGCCUGGUGGUAGAAAAGUGGAGGAACCUCGCAAGGAAAAAAUGAAGAAAUUCCUUUCACGAGAGCUCGAGUAUAAAUGCUCUAAAUUAUCCAGGGAGUAAUCAGUUCAGUGCAAAUCUUUACAUAUACAGCCAUGCAGUGUCUUGUGAGCAUCGCCGCAAUCGUUGUGGCCGCGAACGCCCUAGGAGGCGGCGAAAGUUACGGACACCUAGGCGAAUACUUCGACGGUAAUCAUCUUGGGAAUCAUCACCACGAAGACCACAUCGACUACCACGCGCAUCCCAAUUACCACUACGAUUACGCCGUGCACGAUUUGCAUACGCACGACAUUAAAAGCCAGUGGGAAACGCGCGACGGUGAUAACGUCAAGGGCGAGUACACACUUCUGGAGGCCGACGGGUCGAAGAGAAUCGUUCAAUAUACCGCCGAUAAGCACAACGGCUUCAAUGCGAUCGUUAAGAACGUCAAGCACGGUUACUGAUCUGAUCAUACGCCUAUUCUAUUUAUUCGAUGAGUAAGUCUGUUAUUUCUGUAUAUAUUUUAAUGUUCGUAAUAAAA